CCUUGGGAUAUUUUCGGUUUCAGGAAGUUGCGACCAUGGCUCGUGGUCCGACUUCCUUCGUCCUUUUUCUAUCUCUCUUCUCUUCUCGCACGCAGCCCUUAGACAUUUGCGUCUUGCAUUUUGGGUAUUUGUUGUUCUUCUUGCUUCCCACAUGCCCUUGCUUUUGCUGCCCUCUGAGUGCGAUUUUCAUUUCUAGUCUGAUUUCGCAUUUGGCUGUUCGUUGGUGCGCCGUUCCCACUGGAAGGUCGUCAUGCCCCGGCGUGGCCAGUCGAAUAGGAUCACAAGACGGAAAUCAGCAGCAUCCAUCCAUAGCCAGCCUCAUAUCGAUCCUGAGACAUCACGACAGCAAGCUUACGCUGCUGCAACAUACGCAUUUGCGCGAGCCCAAGAGAGGAGUGGCGACAUGGGGCCUGGCGGCGCUGUGGCUCCGGCCAUCACCGCAAAUCCGCUGGAGGAGAAUAUGCAUCCACGCACUGAUAACGGCACGAAAAGAGGAGCGUUGAAACAUAAGCAGAGUGUGCGGUUCGCAGGGCCAUUGGCUGCUCCAAGACCUGCACUGGGCACCAGAACAAUACAGCAGAACUCAGUGCAGAGAAAAUUAAGCACAGGAUCACUUCGACCUCAAGCAUCCACAGGUGAUGUGCCCGUGCCUGCAGCAUAUCGGCCCCAGAGCAGAUCUUCGUCGCUGGAGGCGUCGUUCAAGCAGGUUGGGCCUGACAGUUAUGCUACGGCACUGGCGGCAUACGAUGAGUAUUACACGCGCGAGGACGACGUGGUGACGACGCCGUCUUCAUACAGGAAGAUACGAAGAUCAAAAUCGAUGUUGCAUCCUGCCACGGCGCAGGGGCCUUUAUUCAGCAAUGGUACCCCGGAGAGUUCGAUUGCGGGCCGGAGAAAUAAUGGUCUGUUUAGAUCAAAGGGCAACGUAGCCUUGAGGGCACCCAAGUCUAUGAGCUUUCUCCAAGGGGGCAGGUCAAGGUCUGCUCAAAAUCCGGAAUACGAUGUUGCAGUGCAGGUUGCAAGAGACAAAUUCCUCCGCCAGGUUGAACAACAGCGCCUUCGAGAACAGCCCUCGUUCCUCUUCCGUUCGAGCAAGGCUAGAAGAGAGGAAAAGUCACUCCGCAGAUCCUUUCGUACCAAUAGCAGCACCAACAGUUACGGGAUGCCCAUCGCUUCCGAAAAUCAAAACUAUCAUCGGAGCUGGGAUGACACCCUAAAAAAUAAAGCACGACAGGCUUCAAAGAGUUUCAAAAAUAAAUUGAAGGGUCUUUUUCGACGGAGUAAUGGCGAUGGGAGUGUGGCCAUACCUGAUCAAGAAGUUCAGGCUCAAAAGUCUCAUAUCACAGACUAUGAGAUACAGAUAGGACCGCCAACGGCACUGGGCAGCCCUUACGAGGAGUCACCUCCUGCUCGUGCUACACUUUCAACGGUAUCUACUCAGCAGCCAUCUCUUCGUAUGGUCCCAUCUUCCCAUCGGCUACGAUCUAUUGCUGGCAGCAUGCAAAGCCUAACCAGUGAAGCAAGUAGUAAGUCGAGAGUGAUGAGCUGGACAAACACCGAUACAACGGCCAACAGCCGCUAUGCAGCUGCGGAAAGAGAGCGGGAAAGGUUGUCUGUAAUCAACGAAAAUGGCACCCACAAGGCAUCCUCGUCGUUUAACCGCCCAACCCUCAAAAAUCAAUAUUCGGCAUACCCGGAUUUCAACCCCCCUGGAAGCACACAUGGACAUCCCCCGCCGUUUAUCGGGCAGGUUGACAGCGCACGUGUAUACUCAGCGUUAAUGAGGCGACUUUAUGAAAACAGCCCAGAAGCUAAAUUGACGAAGCAAAAGGAUAACUCGAGGACGUCUCGAUCACCCAAACAUGGUGUCCCAGGAAGUGGUUCGGUGGACAGUCGGCAGAGCAGCCAAGGGUAUAAAUCCACCAUUAUUAGGGUUAAAAAUUCCUCCGAAAACUUCUCUGCGUCGGCAGAUAGGUUUCAAAACAUGAACCAAAGCAAUGAUGUUUUUUACACUGCGAGAAGCUAUUAUGACAGUGGUUCCAUAGGGCACAAACGUGGACACAGCAACUCUUCUGCUUCUACAGUUAUCACCAAAAAACCAAAUUACAGAGCAUAUCCACCACCCAUUAUGGGAGAUUUGCCGGCCAAAAUAACACCCCAAGAAGCUGUGGCGGCUGUCGAACUCCAAGGCACUGUCAGCAGAGGCCCGAGGGAGACCAGGUCUACAUUUUUUGGUGGCACUGAGCUGACCAAUAUCGGAGGCACACCUAGCCCCUAUAGGCGGGCAAUGGCUGAGGCAGAUCUAAAUUCUACGAUGGGCAAGAUGGGAAUGUCCUCCGCUGACUCAAGUCCCUUCAUUCCUGACAGUCUGCGACGAGAAAAAUCCGCUUUUAGCCUAGCUAAUUGUGAAUCCGACAAACAGGAGGGUGACGGAAUUGAUUAUGCCUAUACAGAGAGCAUUUAUUCCAGAACUACAAGUGGGCGAACUCCACCCGAUAUGGGAGAGUCGUUUCAAGCCAGCGAAGACUCAACGCCGUGGAAACUUGGAUCUGCGGUCUUGGUGGAGCGCACUACCUACUGCCCUCCGGGGCCACCACAUCGUGUUAAUGCAAGCACUGGGAGUACAGAUUGGAAGGCCUGGAUGAGCGCACAAGUCUCCAAGCUCGAGAGGGCGAAGGAAAACGUUGAUUCUGCCACGUCUGCAGGCCACCUCGUUCCGCACAUCGUGCCUACGAUGCCCAAAAUAUUCGGGGGCCAUGUUCGAGAGACGGCGCAGAUCUCGGGGGACGACACGGCAUUUUCGGUGCCGAAAGCUACUACAAUUCCAAUCCAGCCACUAGAAGUAUUGCAGGAGGAUCCCAACGUCUCGCCAAACCCAAUCCUGAAGAGUAAGCUAUCAUCAAGCUCGCUGCUGGUCCCGAAUGUCACGCCUACCCCGAGCCAAAAAGGGGUGCGUGGCUCCUUGAGGCAGGCUCCAUCGAGAAGUAGCAUGAAGAGCGUGAGCACUGUCCUGAAAGAGCGUAUGGUAAGUAAUUCAGCUGCAAAUGUGAUGGGAACCUCGACAGGGAACUCCCCUUCUUCCCAGCGCGAAAGUUCCAAGGCACGACAAAAAAUGCAGCGAAAACAGUCCAGCGCGACACUCCACAGUGUGCAGACACCGAGUAAGCUCGUCAAGAAGAUUGGGAGGCGCGCGUCGAACGAUAACGCGCAGUUGCCGAGCCCUGGGGUUGGACUUGCGCAGAUGGUUGCGGAGAAGAAGUUCGCAUCUGUUGGGGGAAGGGUGGCGGGGAUGGAAAACUGGACACCGACUAAGGUUGACGGACUGGGAGGGGACGGAGGCGUAGUGGUGGGAGGCAGAGGUGUGGAGUUGAAUGGGCAAGUUAUGGGAAGCAGACGCAUGGUGGAUCUUUUUCUGAGCAGUCGCCGGAAGCGGGUCGCGGGGAGUGAGGAUAGUAAUGUGUUUUUGUAGAAGGGGGAGGGGUGUUCUGGGUCGGGGAACAACGGUAGCUGGUUAUAUGAUUUGGCUGGGGUUGCGUAUUUGUUUGGAUUGAGGAUGGGAAGAAUAUUAUUGUUGGAAGGUCGGGUUGAGAGCUAUUCUUUCAGCUGGUAGGCCCAUAUGGAAGGGCUUUGUUGAGAUGGGGAG